AUGGCAUCGUGGGAGGCAGCCGAAACAUCCUUCUUCAGCCUGAGUGGCGUAAGAGAGCGGAUGCGGGAGAAGAAAAAGGGUGCCUUGAGGACUGCGAAGUUGAAUGCCUCGCUUGCAUCAAAAAUCAAAACGAAAAUCAUUAACAACUCCUCCACUAUUAAAGUCUCCCUGAAGCACAACAAUAAAGCACUGGCCCAGGCCCUCAAUGCGGAGAAAGCCAAUGCGCAGCGGCUCACCCAGGAGAAGACCAUCCUACAGAAGGAGGUGGAGCAGUGUCACUUCCAGAAUGCUCUGCUGCGGCACAAGCUCUCCUUCCUGAAUAACACCUUGAAAGAACUUGAAAACCUUGUGGCUGCAGUUAAGAUGGCCCGGCUAUCUGAGUCCUAUACAAGUUCUGCAUCCUUGUCCAAUGGCCGGAAGAGCAGCAUGACUGAAGAUAGCUGGGCUGAUGAUAUUGCAGGUGGUCAGCUUGUGAGGGCUGCAGGGAUGCCAAUGAGGGUGCCCAUUUCCAAGCUGUGUGGUGCAGGACAGCAAGGUGGCAACUCUAUAGCAGUACAGACAUCCUCGCUAGAUCUUCAGAGACCUGCUUCUACUGAGUCCCUGGAAAUUGUGCCUGUUGCCUCCAAACACACUUUGCAGUCGCAGCCUGGAGAACCCUCAAUCCCACCAGGAAGAGAAUGGGAAGAAGCCGACUGAAGCAAUGGAAGCACAAGAGGCUUUUCUCGAUUCUUGCAUCUUUGGAGAGGCCUUAUGUGCCAUGCAACAAAAUCCCAACAAUUUGCCAGCGCUCGCCUGGGAGAGUCAUCCUUUUUCAAAUGAUGGCGAUGAGAUG